AUGAACGGUGACGAGCAAUUGCUAGCGUCGGCGUUGUCAGCGCAAUACGAUAUCGAACGGUUAUAUCCACCGUAUUUGCGACACUAUGCCAACGGUCGUCACAAUUUGACCGUGUAUGAUUCGCUGGCUGCACACGAAUGGAAACAAUGUCCUGCUAUUUCUAAAGAAGUUGCAAAAUCAAAAUCAAAACACCAUCAUCGGGUAUCAUCUGCUGCUUCUGAGUCUUCGACGAUUCUUCGACGGAACUCCUCUGAAUGGCUAUACGCACAAGCGAUUACUCUUAUCGUUUUAUAUUUGUUAACGCUCAGGUUACUGUGA